UGGCAAUACCUUUUUUUGGCAAUGCGGAAUAUUUUGAUCGAUCUUCUUCUUCUACAACCUUUGGACUUGUCAAAAUUUAUUCAACUUUUUUGGUCAGUUUUUUCAACACUCUUUGUAGCAGGUGCCUUUUAGGAAAGUUACUUGGAAAAUGUCUCGCGUUUUGGUUGGUGUUAAGCGUGUGGUUGAUUAUGCCGUUAAGGUACGCGUCAAUCCUGAAAAAACUGGCGUUGUUACCCAAGGCGUCAAACACUCGAUGAAUCCUUUCGAUGAAAUCGCCGUGGAGGAGGCUGUUAAAAUGAAAGAAAAGAAGUUGGCCACUGAAGUAGUUGCUGUUUCAAUUGGACCCACUCAAUCGCAAGAAGUCAUUCGUACAGCUUUGGCCAUGGGCGCUGAUCGUGGCAUUCACGUCGAGAUUUCCGGCAAGGAUUACGAUUUGUUGCAACCUAUUCACGUUUCCAAAAUUCUUGCCAAGUUGGCCUUAGAUGAAAAAGCCGAUUUGGUUAUUUUGGGCAAACAAGCCAUUGAUGACGAUUGCAAUCAAACUGCCCAAAUGACUGCAGCCGCACUCGACUGGCCACAAGGUACUUUCUGUAACAAGAUUGAAAAAACUGGUGAUGGUUUAACCAUUGUUCGUGAAAUCGAUGGUGGUCUUGAGACUAUUAAAACUAAAACUCCUGCUGUUCUAAGCGCUGACUUGCGUUUGAACACCCCACGUUACGCCACUCUACCCAACAUCAUGAAGGCCAAGAAGAAGCCUUUGAAGAAGAUGUCGGCUGGUGAUUUAGGUGUUGAUACUACUCCACGCAUUGAAGUUAUUUCCGUUGAGGAUCCUCCAGUCCGCAAGGCUGGCGCUGUCGUACCCGAUGUAGAUACAUUGGUCAGUAAGCUCAAGGAAGGCGGUCAUUGUUAAACAAUCUUCGUUCUGAGUUCUCCUGAACAAAAGUUAAUUUUGAAAAAUGUGCAUUUAUAUAAGUUUUAAAAACUUCCCCUCCACUAUUAUUUUGUAUGUAGUAAAAAUUCCUUAAUGUCUUGAUAUCAUUGGCUUUAUUAUAGGAAAUAGAACAAUAACCAUUUUGUUACAAACGAAUUUGUUUUUUUUUUUUUAUUGUAUAUUUUAAUAAAGUUCUAUUAUAGAUUGUA